AUGGAGCACAAAACGAACCAUUUGGAUUCUUCGAUGAGUUUGUUUGAAAAAAAAAAAAAAGAGCCCCACUUACACUACACACACGUUAUUCAAACCCUUAACUUCAAACCAAGAGUAUCGACCAUGUCAAAGGUAGACACUGUAUUAAAGGAAAUCAUCUCGUCUACCAAGUCAACUGAAGCUUCAGUGAAAGAGUUGAUAGCUUUUGUCAAGGACUCGUCUUCCCAACAUCCAGAAUUGGUGCGGAACUUGUUAGCAAAAUCAAACCUGCUGUUAGAAGGGGUAUCGUUGUUGGGGUUGAAAAACGAAUCGUUGGUGUCCUAUAUCAACAAUAUAGUGCUUGUUGUUUUGUCUCAUCUAGAGCGUCUAGAAAGCGAUCUGGAGACGGGAUCCAGCGCUGUCGAACGAUCGAUAAUUCAAAGGGUGACAUUGGAAAAGGGCGUUAAACCUCUAGAAAAGAAACUCAGUUAUCAGUUGGAUAAAAUGAUCAGGGCAUAUGGACGGAUGGAACAAGACGAAAUCAAAGCUGAACAGAAGUUAAACGAUAGAGGAAGUGGGGAGAACGAUGAGAACGAUGAGAACGAUUCUGAGGAAGAUUCUGAAGAAGAUUCUGAAGACGACUCUGAGGACGACGAAUUGGCUUAUAGACCAGAUGCAUCAUCGUUUGCUAAAUUGACAUCGGCCAAAACCAAACUGAAACCAACAUCAUCAGCAGUCUCUACAUCGAAUGAAAAGUAUAGACCACCAAAGAUAUCAGCAAUGGCACCUCCAACUGCAGUAAAGAGCCACGACCUUGAUGCCAACACCACGUCGUCAAAGAACCGUAAAUUACAGAGCAUGGAAGAGUACUUGCAAGAGCAAAGUGAUAUGCCAAUGGUGGAGGCAUCGGUGGGGUCUACAAUUGUGGAGCAUGGAAGAGGUGGUGUUAAAACACAGCACGAUCGUAAGAAAGAACGAGAGAUACAAACGUAUGAAGAGGAUAAUUUUGUCAGACUACCAACCAGUCAAACAAAGAAAAGUUUCAAGGAAAAACAACGUGAUAUCCGUAAUCAAUUUGCUGGUGAAGACUGGUCGAUGUUUAAUAAUAACAAGGAUGUGACCCGUCAAGGCACAUCGCGAAAGAGAAAGGCAACCACCGUUUGGGACAAAGUCAAGAAAAAGAAGAAUACUUAG